AUGAUGCGAUGUCCUAAUUUACAAGUACUCAAUUAUACCGAGUAUCCGGCGGUCUGCUGUAACGAUGGUUUGCACUGUUGUCCUGCGGGCUACCAAUGUGAUGCUCGUACCCAGUCCUGCAUCCUCAGCGCCGAUGAUACACAGCUGGGGCUCAAAGUCAACCCGAAGGAGACGCCUAAAAAGGACAAUACUUGUCCAGUGGAGGAAGACACAUGCGAAGAAUGGCAAACCUGCUGUAAAAUGGCUGAUGGACACCCGGGUUGUUGUCCUCUGGCAAACGUAAGACAGUUGUACGCUGCCUAG